CUUCGAUACGAGACAAUCCACGAAUAACUUACUACCUACCAAAUUCAUUUUUAUAUUUUUACUUGUUAAGUAACCGUGAGGUUUGACUUCAAAAUGUUCCGCUUUGGGUUAUUGUGUCAUGUUUUAUUUGCGGGCUGGCAGCAUGCAGCCGGCCACGGCGAUCCCGCCAUCUUCACCGACGAGUACGUGCGCGAGGCGGACGCAUGGCUGCGUCUGCACCUCAUACCCGCUACCUGGUCAGACGCCGCCGUACGCUGCCAACUCGAAGGUGGGGUGUUAGCGACCCCCACGUCCAGCGCCAUUACGCAGGCGAUGAAAAGCGCAAUGGACAAAAACAACUUUGGCUCAAACAACGUGUUCAUAGGAGCUACGAACCGUUUCUCUAAGGGAGACUUUAAAUCGUUGAACGGAGAAAAUCUUGCUGACAGCCUAGGCUGGGCUUUCGAUGAGCCGGACAACACCGGGGACUGCCUGGCGCUGACCGGCGCGGGCGCACUGGCCCACGUCAGCUGCACUAGAGUACUGCCCUACUUCUGCAGCAAGAGCACUCAUAACUGCGGCAGCAACGGUGGGACACCAUGCGGCAGAAAUGGUUACGAAUGGGAGCCCCGCACCGGCAGCUGCUACAAGUUUCACGGCCAAGCGAAGACCUGGCGCAAGGCUCUGGCCGCCUGCCACGCCGAGGGCGGACAUCUGGCCGUCAUCAACAGCAAGACCGAGUCUUCUGUGCUCGAAAAGCUUUACGAUGAAUACGCGGACACGAUUACUGGAGCAAAAGAAGAUAGACAGGCCUUUGUUGGUUUUAGCAAAUUUUAUGACGGCGUCUGGGCGACUAUAUAUGGUGAAACGCUCUCCGACGCCGGAUUCGAAGGCUGGGAUUCUAAAGAGCCCAGCAACGGUGACGGAAUAUUGGAGGAGUCCUGCGGCUCCAUCCACAGGAACGGAAAGCUCAACGACGCUGCGUGCUUUUGGACAAGCCCAUUCAUUUGCGAAAUAACCCCGUAA